CACACACACACACACACACGGUCUGUCAGGCUCAUGUGCUGAGGAAAUCAGAGAACACACACAGGAAGGAAAGAGGGACUGCUUCACACUGUCUCUCUCUCUCAGGUAGCCAGAUAGACGAGUGAAGGAGAGACAGACAAGGGGACAGUGGACUGGAAGAGGGGAGUGAGACAUAGUAAAGAAGAGACACAGACAGACAGACAGAGAGAGAGAGAGAGAGAGAGAGAGAGGGAGACAGGUGAGUCUGUCUCUCUCUCUCGUCCGGAGCGAUUGUCACGCUGGCCUCUGGAACAGCGAUGGCCUUCACCUUCGCCGCCUUCUGCUAUAUGCUCACACUCGUCCUGUGUGCUGCACUUAUCUUCUUUGUCAUCUGGCAGAUCAUUGCAUUUGAUGAACUGCGAACUGACUUUAAAAACCCCAUCGACCAGAGCAACCCGACCAGAGCGAGAGAGAGAAUCCUGAACAUCGAGAGAAUCUGCAACUUACUCAGGAGGUUGGUGGUUCCUGAAUAUUCUAUCCAUGGUUUGUUCUGUCUGAUGUUCCUGUGUGCUGGUGAGUGGGUUACACUUGGUCUCAACAUCCCCCUGCUCUUCUACCACAUGUGGAGGUUUUUCCACCGGCCAGCUGACGGCUCUGAGGUGAUGUACGACCCCGUCAGUGUGAUGAACGCAGAUAUUCUUAAUUACUGCCAAAAAGAGUCAUGGUGCAAACUGGGCUUCUACUUGCUCUCCUUCUUCUACUACCUGUACAGCAUGGUUUACGCUCUGGUCAGCUUCUGAUCGAUGAAGAACAGACAAAAGGUGGAAGAAAAAAGAAAGAAAGAAUGCGUGAUGUUCCGUCCUCCUCCUCCUCAGCCAGCAACAGAAAUGCCUGGAGACCUGUCGUGAUGCUGGGAGAGAGACACACAGACAGGGAGACAGAGAGAAGCUCGAGCAGCAGUGAUGUUUCAUUAUUGAGUUUUAUUUCUUUAAGGGCUGCUGAACAUUUCUGCUGCUCGGAGCGACACGGCGAAUCACCUCCACUGCGAUGAGAUGUGAUCAUCACUGAUGAUCAUCUUCUGAUCUACAGACUCCAGAUUCGAUGCCAUAUAAUGUCAUUUUUGUUUGCAAAAAGACUUUUGUGUAAAUUACCUCCGUUUAGUUCUAAAGUGUUAGAUUAGCGCUAAAGCUUUCACUGUUUUAGUCCAGUGGUAGAUUCUAUUUACUUUAAUAAUAUAUCCAUUUUAUUCUAGCACUCAGCUGUUGUAUCUCAAUCCAGGGUAGAAACUACUCGUGUCCUUACACUAAGACAAACUGCACAAACUUUAUAUUUAUACGACUGAACAGUGACGGCGAUGUUUACACUGAGCAACCAAUGAAACGAGAAAAUUAUCCAGGCCGGGAAAACUGUUCAGACCAUCUGUGGGACUUUUAAGGAAAGACUGGAAUCAUUCUGAGAAUCGGUGUAAAUACACACACACACACACACACACACACACACACACACACACACACACACACUGUUGUCAGCCUUAUAGAGAAAAGCCAACGCCUCCGUAUCACUGUGGAGACGCAGCAGGUCCUCGGAGACAGAGUAAGACCUUUGGGACAUUCUUUCUGGACUGAGAUGGAACGAGACACAGAAGCAGACUGAGAGUUGGAUUUAAACAGAGAAAGAGCGGGAGUGAGACCAAGUGAGAACAAGUGAAACAGUAAGAUAGAGUGAAGUAGAGUGAGACAGAGCUGAGAGAUACAGUGAGAAACUUGGGCCAAUUGCUUUAUGAACAAUUUUUGAGAAACUAAGAAGGACAGAAUGUGAUGAGACUGUAUUAUUAAAACACACUGCUACAGACUAAAAAGUGCCAGAGGACAGAUGGACUAAGACAUAGCAGGACACGAGGAGUGAGACAGAAAGAGUGAGACAGGCUGAGACGGAGUGAGACAGGCUGAGACAGGCUGAUACAGAGUGAGACAGGCUGAGACGGAGUGAGACAGGCUGAGACAGGCUGAUACAGAGUGAGACAGGCUGAGACGGAGUGAGACAGGCUGAGACGGUGUGAGACAGAGUGAGACAGGCUGAUACAGAGUGAGACAGGCUGAGACGGUGUGAGACAGAGUGAGACAGGCUGAUACAGAGUGAGACAGGCUGAUACAGGCUGAGACGGAGUGAGACAGAGUGAGACAGGCUGAGACGGAGUGAGACAGAGUGAGACGGAGUGAGACAGGCCGAGACGGAGUGAGACAGGCUGAGACUGAGUGAGACAGGCCGAGACGGAGUGAGACAGGCUGAUACAGGCUGAGACGGAGUGAGACAGAGUGAGACGGAGUGAGACAGUCUGAGACGGAGUGAGACAGAGUGAGACGGAGUGCUGACUGAGGCAGUGAGAUAGUGUGAGACAGAUGCUGCUGAAAGUCAUUUAGUUGAAUGGAAUAAUGAGCAAUUCCCAAACACUAGCGUUCGUUCCUGCUCUGGAGUCAUGGCCACUGUAGGCCUCUGUGCCAAACACUCAAACACAAAGUAAUAAAAGAGCAGUUAACUAGCUACCAGGCUAAUUAUACUCAAUCUGAUAGCUCCUCUUUUUUAAUUAACUGGCUAGCAGGACUAGCUAAUCAUGUGACCCCUAAAUACGGUGUUCUCUUUACUAGUGACUCUUUUUUAACGCCAACACUGUCCCAAACCUCACUUUCUAAUGAAUACCUGUUCUAAUAAAGACCCGUUCUAAUGAACAUCUUUAGUGCGUACUGCAGUUAGAAUUACUUCUAAUAAGUACAUUUUAUCACACAGUGACGUUUGGGACGCAGCCAGUUCAGAUGUUAAUUGUGAUGAUGAUGUAGGAAUGAUGUCAGAGCUGCUGAUGACACUGUUACUGAUGAUGAUGAUGAUGAUGAUGAUGACGAUGUCAUUGUGUUACUUUGCUAAUUUUCCAACCCUACAUUUGUGUAUUUUAACUUCCAAGUUGUGUGAACAGGACUGUGUGGAAAUAACACAGGAUAUUAUUGUGCUAAAAGUGGCCUCACACACACACACACACACACACACACACACACACGCUUUCUCUCUCUCUUUCUCUCGCUCUCUUAAAAGACUAUAUUGCUGGAGGAGGGGUGUGUAAGUGUGUGUGUGAUUUGAGUUGGACAUUUUGUCCGCUUUAUGUCCCUUGACAAUCGAACACAAAGAUGAAGAAAGAUGAAAUACUUUAGGCUCAUUAUGACAUCAUCACUGACUGUCUCACAGCGCUGUUCACGACAUAUGGGAAUUACGGUAAAGACGAGUUUCUGACUCACAUCUCCAUAGAACUUGGAAUUUUCUGGAAUCUGGAACCUUCUCGCUGUCGGGGUUAAACUCACACCUUCCCAUCAUCCUCAGCUGAUGACCUCAUCAUCCAUAGUGUAGUGCACUUUAGCUUUUUAGCA